UUUCACACACAACCCCCAUGCACCUUGUAUUUGGCUAAUUGACACAUAAGUUACCUGCAUUUCCAGCAGUUUGAUGUCACAGGUUGUUUUACUUAUGAAUGCAGGUACUCCUGUGAAGGUCUCGGGGUUUGGUCACAACCAAAAUGCUAAGCAUUUACCAUGCGUAGUUUCUGGCAGUUUGGCCUGAAUCUCUGUAACACUUAACAGUGUAUCUUUAUUACAGGUCGGGGUGGAAGUAAAAUAAGAGAGCUUGAGGAUUCUUCAGGUUCCAGGAUAAAGGUGAUAAAGGGAGCCUAUGAAGCUGAAGUAAAGAUUUUUGGCAGUGUUGCUGUACAAAACAAAGCCAAGAUGUUGAUUGAUGAUGCUGUUACAAGAUCUGGACAAAACUACAGUAGAGGUGGGAGUGAGAAAGGAAAAACCUUGGACACUAUCAAGCCUAAAGAUAACCCAACGCAAUCAGUGAUUAACUGGGCCUAUCUUCGAGAAAACAGAGCUAAAUAUGAAGCGAUGAAGUGGGCAGACUUGCCUCCAAUAGAGAAAAACUUCUAUAAAGAAUCAUCAAGAACAGCAUCUAUGUCACAAGAAGAAGUGGAGCUGUGGCGGAAAGAAAAUAAUAAUAUAAUUUGUGAUGACUUAAAAGAAGGUGAAAAGCGCUCCAUUCCCAAUCCUGUUUGUAAGUUUGAAGAUGUAUUUGAGCAUUAUCCCGAUAUUAUGGCUAAUAUAAAAAAAGCUGGUUUUCAAAAGCCUACACCAAUUCAGUCCCAGGCAUGGCCAAUCAUACUUCAAGGACUUGAUCUUAUUGGUAUAGCACAGACUGGUACUGGGAAGACAUUAGCAUACUUAAUGCCUGGAUUCAUUCACUUGACUUCACAACCAAUAUCCAAAGAUCAGCGUGGGGGGCCAGGAAUGUUAGUCCUUGCUCCUACUCGAGAACUGGCUCUUCAAGUAGAGGCAGAAUGUUUGAAGUACACAUACAAAGGAAUUAAAAGUAUUUGCAUAUAUGGUGGUGGGGACCGAAAAGGACAGAUAGACGUGGUUACCAAAGGUGUGGAUAUUGUUAUUGCUACUCCUGGCAGACUGAAUGAUCUUCAAAUGAACAACUUCAUAAAUUUGAAGAGCAUAACGUACCUGGUUUUGGAUGAGGCUGACAGGAUGUUGGAUAUGGGAUUUGAACCUCAGAUUAUGAAAAUCCUGAUAGAUGUGCGGCCUGACAGACAAACUGUUAUGACAAGUGCUACUUGGCCUGAUGGUGUUCGUCGCCUAGCAAAAUCCUAUUUGAAAAAUCCUAUGAUUGUAUAUGUUGGCAGUCUUGACUUAGCAGCAGUAAAUACGGUCGAACAGAGAGUUGUUGUUAUUGCCGAGGAAGAAAAGAGAGCUUUCAUGCAAUGCUUCAUUGAGUCUAUGAAGCCGCAAGACAAGGUCAUAAUUUUUGUGGGAAAAAAACUUAAAGCUGAUGACUUAGCAAGUGACUUAAGUCUCCAAGGAAUUCCAGUACAGUCACUUCAUGGUAACAGGGAACAGUGGGACCGAGAGCAGGCUUUAGAUGACUUCAAGAAAGGCAGAGUCAGAAUACUGGUAGCUACUGACGUAGCCUCCCGUGGCCUUGAUGUGCAUGAUAUUACUCAUGUUUUUAACUUUGACUUCCCACGCAACAUUGAAGAAUAUGUUCAUCGAGUAGGUCGUACUGGAAGAGCAGGACGUACUGGGGAGGCAAUAACACUUGUCACUAAGAAUAACUGGAAGUUUGCAUCUGAGCUGAUAGAAAUUCUGGAAAGAACAGACCAAGUAAGAAUACAUCUUGCUGGAUUGUUCCGAAUGAGCUUAUUGCAAUGGCACAAAGAUACAAAGAAUUUCAAAUUAGAAAAGAAAUCGGGAAGGAUAUACGAAGACCUCAGAGCAAGCCCUCAAGAUAACUGUAAUCCCCUGCAGUAAGAAAAGAGUAAGUGAUUAUAGUUAGUGCUAGCCUCUAUGGGCUUGAAUUUAGAAGUUGCUUUUCUCAGUUGAUUGUUUUCUGUACCUGUCCCAUUUAAAUAAAAUGUGUUUUAAGAAGUGGCUUAGAAAAGAAAACUGGUUUAACUUCAUACAGAAAUAAAUCUAGUUUUGUGCAUGAACACUAUUUUCACUUAGGAAAAAUUAAUUUCAUUUAAAAAGAAAAUAUUUUUUCUUGUGAUGUGCGUAAUUUAUAAAGUCAUUAUCUACUGGUUAAAAAAUAAACACCGUGGCUUUGGUUGUUGGGUUUUGGGUUUGUGGAUUUUGUUGGGGUUUGUGGGGUUUUUUGCUUUGUUUUUUUGGUUAAAUGUAUUAAUAUAAGAAUGUAAAAUACAAUUUUUCUUUUUAUUUUCAGAGAACUGGAUUAGUGAAUGUAAGCAGUAUUUGUCAGCAUGGCUUCAAAAUGCUGGACUUUUGCAUUGAUACAUCACACUUCCCAGUGGCAUGCAGUUUUUCCAAAGAUAACUUAGUUAUUUGAAAACUGUUGUUUGCAUUAACUAUUUGCUGAAGCAAGUUUGGUUUGGUUUUUAUUUUAAAACUUAACACUGAAAGACAUUUUUGUUUUGAUGUGUCUCUAGCUUUUUUUGAGAGAAUUCUACAUUUCUUUUUAAUGGAGGAGAGCGUAACAAGAAAUACAUGUCCAUGGCUAACUGCUGAAAAAAAAAGCAGCUUUUACUCUUGUUAUCAUAGAUGUAAUUUUCUUGCUUAAGGAACUAAACCAAGAGUUUACUAGAGCAGUGUUAACAAAGUUAUGAAGAAAACAUAGGUUUGAAAGUUCGGAUAAAAUUCAUUUGAAUUUUACAUUUGGAUUUGGUUCUGUCACACAGAUUCUUAAUGACACUGGGAUAUGCUUUCACUCUUUAGAAGUUAGAUGGGAAGGAGCUACUUCAUUUGAUACUUGGUC